UUUAUUUUGUUCAGCUUAUUUUUUUCAGUGAAAUUAAAAAAAAAUCAGAUGAUUAAGAGAAAAAUUUAAAGUAUGACUGAUACUUCGCAAAACAGAUUUUUAGACAGCGUGAUAGAUUACGCAAAAGAUUCAGGUGGUGUAUUUAUUAUUGCCAACGCCCUUCUACAAAGAAAUCCCAUCAUCUAUUGCAGCCAGUCAUUCUCUCGCCAAACUGGUUUUACAAGGAGCGAGGUUACAAGAAAAGACGCUUUUUUAUACUUUUUGUGUGGAAACCAUACAUCUUUAUCUUCUCGAGAAGCUUUAAAAAAUGCAGUUCUUUCAAAAUCAAAAACUCAGAUUGAAAUGAUACUUUAUAAUGUAGCAGGUCAUAAAAAAUGGUAUUUGGUUGCUUUAAUUCCAGUUAAAGAUUUGAAUAACGUUGUUUCUCUUUUAACAAUAUUUUUCCACGAUAUCAGCUACAUCAAGAGUCCUCUGAUAGCUUCACCAAGACUAAGAUGGAAAAAAGCUGUGAAGAAGAUCUUAAAUAAACCUACACAUGAAGACAUAUUUCCAAACAAUAAAACAUCUUUAUCAACUCUUUACAACUACUAUGACACGCUAUUUAUACCGGAGUAUGGAUGCAAGUUAAAAGUCCCGAAGUACGUCAUUAGUCAUUCAUCUCCAGCAAAAAUGUUGUGGGACUUUUUUAUAUUAGUAAUAUCUUUUAUUUAUACAGCAGUAAUUAUACCUUUUGUUGUUUGUGUUAAUUAUAAAAGCCGUGGAAUGACUGCAUUUGACCUGGUAUGCAACGUUUUUGUUGUAAUUGAUAUUGUUACUACGUUUUUUACAUCUUUUGUUGACGACGAUGGCGUUUUGGUUACAAAUUUACCAAAAAUUAGGUUAAGGUAUCUUAAAACUUGGUUUGCUUUUGACUUCCUAUCAGCUUUGCCUUAUGGUUUGCUUGAUUAUACUUCUAAUAAACAUUCGAAAUUGAUUACCAUAGUAAGAGUGGUUAAGGUUUUUCGUUUGGUUCGUUUGGUUAAAGUCAAAGACAUACUUGCGCAAUACUUAGAAAAUGGAGUUAUCACUCUUGCAAUAUGGAUACUAGUAUUCUGCCUUUGUGCUCAUUGGAUGGCUUGCAUAUGGAUUUUGAUAGCUAGAGAAGUUGAUAUUCCCAACGAAAGAAGUGAUAGUUGGUUGUUUACUAUGGUGUCUCAAUAUAACAGUUCAAGUUAUAUAAAUAUAACAGACUUCCAAGUUGAUAACCAAUCAAGAACAUUAGUAUAUGUCUCGGCCUUAUAUUACUCAUUGAGCAGUCUGACAACAUGUGGAUUUGGAAAUAUCGCACCAAACACAUUUGCUGAAAAGGUAUUUGGAGUGGUUACCAUGGUAUUUGGUUGUUUAAUGUAUGCUUUCAUAUUCGGACAAGUGACCAACAUUAUUUCUCAGUUGAGCGAAACUACAAAUGAAUACAUGUCACAACUUAGAGCGAUUCGCCAAUUUAACUCAAUUUAUAAGAUCCCAAAGGAAAUUCGCAAUCGUGUAGAACAUUAUUUUAUAUCUUCAUGGGCAGUUACAAAAGGAACAGAAGAAGAAAAGAUAAUGAGUAAAUUUCCUCGAAGCCUACAAUCAGAUCUAUGCUUUCAUAUUCACGGAGAUGUAUUUAAGAAUGAACCAGCCUUUCGUCAUUUGAGCAAAAAUGCUCUGAGAGCAUUAUCAAGAUUUUUCUGGACGUUACGUACGUCUCCCGGUGAUAAAAUUAUAUACCAAGGAGAGUUAGUAACUUCUAUUUAUUUUGUAACUUGUGGGUCAUUUGAGGUAAAAGAUGGUAGUAGUCUCAUCGGUCUUAUUGGACCGGGUGACUCGUUUGGUUUACGCCCAGUAAUGGAACCGUCAAAAUCAAUAUGUGAAGUACAAGCCAACUCGUUUGGUGAAAUACAUGGUGUAAGCAUUGAUGGUAUUUUUGAGUCACUUAGUUUGUUUCCUAUGGAAAGGGAUUUGUUUAAAUACACAUUUAAACUUUCUUUUGAUAUAACAAAAAAAAUAAAUAAUAAACCAAAGUCGAUGGCUUUUGAUAACAAAACUAAAUUAUUUGAUAAAAAACCGACAACUUUUGAUAAAAAUUUUUCUGCUGAUGUCAAAAAGGAGACCGAUUCUGAAAAAGACGUAACAGAUAUUGAUCAUGUUGUAUCAAAUCGAUCAGAAGACAGCAACGUUUCAGCUAGCUUUUUAAACGUUUCAGCUAAUUUUUUAAAUUAUAGUUAUCAUAAAGAAAAAGAAAUUUCAUUUCAAACUUUACCCAUAGAUAAUAUUCGUAAUGAGUUUAAUGCAAAAACAAAUAAUAUUAAUGCGAAAAUACAAAUUAUUGAGACUCAAAUGAAGAUUAUUUUAGAUCUUCUUCAAAAAACAAAUAGUUCAAACAACAAAGACAAUUGGGAAACUUUUUUUGAAGAUGAUAAUAAAGAAUGGCACUCCAAUAAAAGCAAACAGUCUUUUAUAAUUACCUUUGAGGCUCCAACAAGGUCUAAAACAGCUGUCAUUCCUUUUAAUGACAGUGAUUAAAUUUGAUAGUGAAAAGUCUUACCUGUUUAUGUAUAUAUAAAUGAAUUAUGUAUAUGGAACUUUACCCAUACUUUCUCUA